UCCAGUAGUUGGAUUUAAAAGUAAAUUAAAACCUGAUAUAAAAAGAAGAAAAAGUUAUUGAAAGAGUAAACCGGUUUGCUCAGGUUGCUCUGACACUCGGACCUGGGUAAUUUAUAAAUUUAAUAAUAACUCGUAUUUUACGUACUCGGGUUAAUUGUAACGAGUUUCUAGUUAAGUGACUAAAGUAAACUGCUCGAGUUUCAUUACUUUGAUCAGUUGUCAAAGAGUUGGCAAGAGCAAUUAGAUAACGAGAUGGGUCAAGCUGCGUACAGUGUCUCUGGGGAUUCCAAAGGAUAUGUGGAAUUCACAAUAAACGAUGUCACUUACACAGUGCAAGAGAACAUACCACCCGAGACAUCGUUGAAUGUUUUUAUCAGAGAGCACGCAAAGCUACGGGGUACAAAGUCGAUGUGUCAUGAGGGUGGAUGUGGUGCUUGUAUAGUUGCUGCUGAGAUUCGCGGUGAAACACUUGCUGUUAACUCAUGUCUAGUCCCAGUCCUCAUUUGCAAUGGAUGGAAAAUCAAGACUGUCGAGGGAAUAGGUAACAAAAAAAUUGGUUAUCACAAGAUUCAAACAGCACUCGCGGGAAUGAAUGGCUCGCAAUGCGGUUAUUGCUCGCCGGGUAUGGUCAUGAAUAUGUACAGUUUGAUGCAAAGCAAAGAUGAAUUAACGAUGAAAGAAAUUGAAAAUUCAUUUGGAAGUAAUAUCUGCCGCUGCACUGGUUAUCGCCCUAUUUUAGAUGCCUUUAAAGGUUUAGCUGUGGACGCUGAACCUGAGCUAUCACAAAAGAUUCACGACAUCGAGGAACUGUACAAGCUGAAGACUUGUCCAAAGUCCGGAGAACCUUGUAAAGGUAACUGCAUCAGUAUAAGCGGUAGCAGAGAGGAAACGCCGGAUACGCCAGCGAAAUUGUGCGAAGUUCACAUAAUGGCGAUGAAUAAUGUACAGUUUCACAAAGUUCUCUCUGUUGAGGGUCUCUUCAAUGUCUUUAAUAACAAUCCAGAUGCAACUUAUGUAUUAAAUGGCGGCAACACCGGGCAUGGUGUUUACCGACUGGAGAAGCCCCAAAUAUAUUUGGAUUUGAAUGACGUUACUGACCUACAUCGGGUUGAAAAAAACGACAAAUCCCUCACAUUCGGCGGUAACUGCACCCUAACUGUUGCCAAAAACACCUUCAAAAAGUACUCUAAGGACCCGGGGUUUCAACAUUUGCAGCACAUGGCUAAUCACGUCGACGUUAUUGCCAGCGUCGCUAUUCGUAAUAUAGGAACGUUGGCUGGAAAUCUGAUGAUAAAGCACAAACACCACGAGUUUCCCUCGGAUUUGUUUCUGCUACUGGAAACCGCUGGAGCCGAGAUACAUAUCCUGGAGUCACCCGGACAGAAAAAAAGUAUGAAUCUAAUGACUUUCCUCAACACAGAUAUGAAACAUAAAAUAAUAUACAGCAUCGUUAUACCAGCAUUAAACCCAGAGCAUGUGUAUCGAUCUUAUAAGGUAAUGCCGAGAGCUCAAAAUGCACAUGCUCAUGUUAAUGCUGGUUUUCUAUUUAAACUCGACGCCAGAGGAGUUGUUUUGGAGAAACCCAAUAUUAUAUUUGGCGGCAUUCGCCAUGACUUUUUGCAUGCAUCAUCAAUGGAAGAUUUCCUAAACGGAAAAUCACUUUUUGAUAAGACUGUCUUCAAACAAGCAUUGGAUAUACUCGACGCAGAAUUGAAACCAGAUCGUGUACUACCCGACUAUUCUCCCGAAUUUCGAAAAACUCUAUCUCUCGGAUUAUUUUACAAGUUUGUUCUUAACUUGUUGUCGGAAAAUGUUGGGGAGAGAUUACGGAGCGGUGGUAGUAUGUUGAAACGUGAUGUUUCGUCUGGAAAACACGAUUUUGAUACAGACAAAAAUUUGUGGCCAGUUAAUAAGCCGGUACCUAAAAUGGAGUCCAUUUACCAGACGUCUGGUGAAGCUCAGUAUGUUAACGAUUUACCACCCCAACCUAACGAAGUAUUCUGUGCAUUCGUACACGCGGAAUUCGCUGUCGGAACUGUUGAAAAUAUAGAUGCUUCCGAAGCUCUGGCGAUGGAUGGAGUCGUCGCUUUUCUGACGGCCAAAGACGUUCCUGGUAAUAAUCUUUCAAUCAAUGGUGCCAAUAAAGAAGUACUAUUAGACCAUAAUGAGCUGAUAUUUUUGGAGAAAGAAAUCCAGUAUUCGGGUCAGCCAAUCGGAGUAAUAGCAGCAACAACUUACGCGCGUGCAAAUGAAGCCGCGAAAAAAGUUAAAAUAACUUAUUCAGAGACAGCUAAAAGAAAGCCCAUAAUAACAAUAAAAGAUGUACUCGCUUCAGCAGAUAGUACAAGAUUAUUACCAACAAUUACAGUACCCGCAAAAUCAAAAGGUACGGAUAUCGUACACGUAAUUAAAGGGGACUUAGAAAUGGGGGGACAGUAUCACUACACAAUGGAGCCGCAAUCUUGUGUUUGCGUUCCGACGGAAGACGGAAUAGACGUCUAUCCAACAUCCCAGUUUAUAGAUCUCACGCAAGUUUCGAUAGCCGACUGUCUCGGUAUUCCCAACAACAGGGUCAAUAUUAAUGUACGAAGACUAGGAGGUGGAUAUGGCGCCAAGAUAUCACGAAAUAAUUUAGUUUCCUGUGCAUGUGCCGUCGUAUCACAUGUAUUAAAUCGUCCCGCGCGAUUUAUUAUGUCCAUUGAGAGUAACAUGAUGUGUUUGGGUAAGCGCCCACACGCAAGACAAGAGUAUGAAGUCGGUGUCGACGCCCAGGGUGUAAUUCAGUAUCUAAACAGUACCAGUUGGCAUAAUGCCGGGUGCUCGUGGAAUGAAUUUUCAUCAGUCUUGACAUUUCAGCAUAUUUACACCUGUUACGACGGAUCAACCUGGAACGUCGGUGUCGUUGACGCUCUUACUGAUGUACCUUCUAAUACUUAUUGCCGCGCACCAGGUUCAACAGAAGGCAUUGCCAUGUCGGAGAACAUUAUGGAGCAUAUAUCUAAAGUAUUGAAUAAAGAUCCUACUGAAGUACGCUUAAAUAAUAUGAGUGCUCAGGACAAAGAAGCUCUCAGUAAAAUGAUUGAUGAUUUAAAAAUUUCAUCUGAUUACGAAGCACGACAACGGAGCGUGCGGCUUUUCAAUAGUGAAAACAGAUGGAAGAAACGGGGAAUGUCUCUAGUACCAAUGACGUAUCCUUUUGGUCCGUUCGGUCAGUUUCAUGCGUUAGUGUCGAUUUACGCUCGAGAUGGUACUGUAGCUAUUACACAUGGUGGGAUCGAGAUGGGUCAGGGUAUUCACACUAAGGUUGCUCAGGCCGCUGCUUAUACACUGGGCAUCGAUCUGGAAAUGGUCAACGUCAAACCCUCGAAUAAUAUUACUGCCCCGAAUAAUACAGUGACUGGUGGAAGUGUCGGAAGUGAAUCUUGUGCACGAGCAACAAUAAAUGCUUGCAAAGAAUUACUGGAGAGAUUGGAACCGAUAAAAAAAGAACUGGGCAAUCCUACAUGGAAAGAACUAAUAUUCGCAGCUCAUACUAAAAAUGUUGAUCUUUGCGCGCGGAGUAUGGUUACCAAUGGUCCAGAGCAUGGCUAUCCAAUCUAUGGUGCUGCUGUUGCAGAGGUAGAGCUGGAUUUGUUAACGGGACAACACUUGAUUCGCCGAGUCGAUUUAUUGGAAGAUGCUGGCAUCAGCAUGAAUCCAGAGAUUGAUUUAGGACAGGCAGAAGGCGCAUAUGUAAUGGGAAUCGGGUAUUGGACUAGCGAGGACCUUGUAUAUUGUCCUAAAACUGGACUCCUAGCGAAUCACCGUACUUGGAAUUAUAAACCACCUGGUGCUAAAGAUAUCCCUGUGGACUUUCGUGUAUCCUUUAGACGUAAUGCACCGAACCCCCUGGGAGUUCUACGAUCUAAAGCUGUUGGAGAGCCACCAUUAUGCAUGAGUUAUGGUAUAGUAUUGGCUAUACGUGAUGCACUAGACUCUGCUAGAAAGGAUGCUGGUAAUACUGAUGUUUGGUAUCCUCUAGAUGCGCCAGUAACAACCGAAAAAAUUCUUCUGUCAAGUCUGACAUCCAAGGAGAUGAUGGUCCUGUAUUAAAAAAAAUAAAAAUAAUUU